UUCUACUUCCCUCCGUUUUUAUCAAUCAUCUUCAAUUUCUAUUCUUUUUCUUUGAAUAUGGCCGAUUUUCUUGUUUCCAAAGCAUUAGAUCUGCUGACAUCGGUCAUUGUUGGCCAGAUAGAGCAAAAUGUUAAGCUUGUUUCCGGUGUCAAGAAUGAGGUCAAAAUGCUUACUAGCAAUCUCCAAUCCAUCCAAGCUGUGCUCAUUGAUGCAGAGAAAAGGCAAUUGAAGGAGGAAACUGUUAAGCUUUGGCUCCGCAAGCUAAAAAACAUAACAUAUGACAUCGAUGAUGUGUUGGACGAGUGGAGCAUUGAAAUUCUGAAAUCAAAACUCGAGGGAGAUGAACAUGAAAACACUUCCAGGCCUAAAAGGAUUAAGGUAUGGUCUUUCGUCUUAUCCUUCUGCUUUUGUUUUCGUGAAGUUGGUUUUCGUCGUGAUAUUGCUGUCAAGAUAAGAGAGCUAAAUGAAAGUCUAGAUGUGAUUGCCAAAGAGAAAGAAAGAUAUAGUUUUUCACUGAUAAAAGGCCAUGAAAAUAUCGAACGAGCAAUGACUACCUCUGUUAUCAAUAUAGCAGAGGUAAAAGGUAGACAGCAUGACAAAGUUGCAGUGAUAGACUUGUUGUUGGCUGAGAGUGAUCAAAACCCUCAUGUCAUCUCCAUAGUAGGGAUGGGAGGGGUUGGCAAAACUACUUUUGCCAAACUAGUCUACAAUGAAGAAAUGAUAAAAGCUCAUUUUGAUGUGCAAAUAUGGGUUUGUGUCUCUGAUCCCUUUGAUGAGGUUAGGAUUGCUAAGGCAAUCCUUGAAUCUCUUACAAAAUCUACCUCAAAUCUUGUUGAAUUGCAAAAUAUUGUACAACAAAUUCAACAAUGUAUUUUAGGAAGAAAGUUUUUACUCGUUCUGGAUGAUGUGUGGAACGAAGAUUAUAGAAAGUGGGAAGAACUAAAACAUUCUUUUGAGUGUGGUGCACUAGGAAGUAAAAUUUUGGUCACCACGCGCAAGGAGGACGUUGCAAAAACUAUGGAUAGUGUAAAUAUAAUCCAACUUGGACUUUUGUCCGAUAAGGAAUGUUGGGAGAUUUUUACUAGCAUAGCAUUCUUCCAAAGGUCUAGAAAUGAGUGCAUAGUUUUAGAAGAAAUUGGGAGAAAAACUGUGAGUAGGUGUAAGGGUUUGCCUCUUGCUGUAAAGACGAUAGCAAGUCUUUUGCGCUUUAAAAAGUCUGUAAGAGAAUGGGAAGAUGUGUUAGAUAGCGAAUCAUGGAAACUGAAGGAAGUUGAAGAGUGUGUCCUAGCCCCAUUGUGGUUAAGUUAUAUCGACUUGCCCUCGCCAUUAAAACAAUGUUUCUCUCAUUGUGUCAUCUUUCCAAAGGACUACGAGAUGAGUAAAAGUGAACUAAUUGCUUUAUGGAUUGGUCAAGGUUAUAUUAGGGCAGCAAAUGAAAAGAAUUUGGAGAUGAUUGGUGAAGAGUAUUUCCAUAAUUUAGUUAUGCGCUCUUUCUUCCAAGAUAUUAUAGAAAUUGGGGAGAACGAAUAUUUGAGUGAUAGAAUUUACUGCAAGAUGCAUGAUUUAGUGCAUGAUUUUGCACAAUCUCUCAUGAAAAAUGAAUAUUGCAGCAUAGAGUUAAAUAGUCAUGAAGAAACUAGAACAAGUUGCAAUCCUAUGGAAAUACGUCAUGUAGGUAUUACACUUGGCGAACAAGUCCCUUUUCCUAUCUCCCUUUAUACUUUUAAAAGAUUACACAGUCUUAAAAUUUCAUCGGAAAGAAUCUCAUCUUUUGGAGUUGUUCUGAGUAUUUUAUUUAAUGAAUUGUCUUGUUUGAGAUCAUUAAGCUUAAGAAAUUGUGGCAUUGAAGAAAUCCCAUCUAACAUAAGUAACUUGAUUCAUUUGAGACAACUUGACUUGUCUUGUAAUGAUUUUCAAAAGUUGCCUGAAACAAUAUGUAAAUUAUAUAAUUUACAGAUUUUGAAUGUGGAGAGAUGUAGGCUUCUGAAAUCAUUACCUAAAAGGAUAGGAAAACUAAUUAGUUUGAUCAAUGUAAAUAACUUGGGGACACAUGCUUUCAUGCCAAAAAUAAUAGGGACAUUAAGUUGUUUACAGAGUUUAUGCUUGAUUAAUAUUGGCUACAAUGAAAGUGAAGAAGCAGCAUUGUCUCUUAGAGAUAUAAAAAAUCUAAAUCAGCUUGGUGGAUUCUUAUUCAUAAGAUGGACGAGACAACAUAUGCCAGAUGUGGAUGUGGAAGACGCUAAGGGAGCGCAGUUAAACGAUAAAAAGCAUCUCAUUGAAUUGUUUCUAGGUUUUAGAGAUGAAGUUGUAGAGUGGAGGAAAACACAAGAUGAAGAAUUGUUAGAAGCUUUAGCGCCAUCUCCGGCAAGUUUGGAAUAUUUACUUAUAUGGCAUUACCAAGGAACCAAUAAAAUGUGGUAAUGGUCCAAGCUGGAUGAAGUCACUGAUUUGUCUUAAAAGACUUAGUCUUCAUGGAUGGAAGAAUUGUGAGCAAUUGCCAUCGCUGGGAAAAUUACCUUCACUUGAAUAUCUUAGUAUCCGUAAGUUUAAAAGUUUGAAAAAAAUAGGAGCUGAAUUUCUUGGGAUGGAUCAUCACGAGGUUUCUGGUAAUGUUGCAUUAUUUCCCAAAUUGACAAAAUUACAUUUUUCUUCAAUGAAAGAAUUGGAAGAGUGGGUUUAUGAAGAUAUCAUUGCUGAUGAAAGGGUGAAGAAAAACGACCGCGGUAAUGGAAUGGAAAUAAUGCCAUGUCUACGAUCUUUAGAGCUUUAUUCAUGCCCAAAACUGAAGGUGUUGCCAUCUUUUAUCCUCCAAAAUACUUCACUCAAAAUUGAAGGCCAGCAAUGGGAGUAUUGCUGAUGAACAAUGGAAAAUUCUGAGACAACAUAUUUAACUUGCGAAGUUUGGAAAGAUAGCGAAAGAGUUACCAUCUGCAUCGACUGUCAUUGCAUAUUCUUUCCUGAAACAAUUCUCAGAAAAAUUCAUAUGCGCCUGGCUAAUUAAAAUAUAUUUUACUAUAUAUACAUGGAUUAACGUUUGAUCCAUCAAUGGAUUGACUAUAGUUGAUGCUUGUGUGAUCAGAAGUGGUAUUCGUUCUCCAUAAACUAAUUUACAGACUCUUUC